AUGCACAAUGGUUUCCACAUAGAAGAAUAUCAUGCACAAAGGCCCGAUGGCAGGAAGAGACUUGGAGAAACACCAUGGAGGCUGGUGCAGAAACAUUUUACUAUAAUUAAUGUGCUUUCCUUUCCCUUCAGGACUCUGCAGACGGUGGGGCCAUCUCAUGCUAGAACCUACACUGUGGCUGUUUAUUUCAAGGGAGAAAGGAUAGGCUGUGGGAAAGGACCAAGCAUUCAGCAAGCAGAAAUGGGAGCAGCAAUGGAUGCACUUGAAAAAUAUAACUUUCCCCAGAUGGCCCAUCAGAAGCGGUUCAUUGAGCGGAAAUACCGACAAGAGUUAAAAGAAAUGAGGUGGGAAAGAGAGCAUCAAGAGAGAGAGCCAGAUGAGGCUGAAGACAUAAAGAAGUAAAGGAGGACACGGAAGUGGUGGUGUGUUUACUUGCUUAAUGACUGUGACUGUUGCCCGUUGAGACAUAGCCUAGUUCUCCUUCAGACAAUGAAUGAAGUGUGCCCAUUGAAAUAAAACACGAAGUCAAAUCACUAUUAUUGCUUUACUGAUCUAAUAUUCUGUUUUUAGCUGGAAGGUCUUCUAUUUAAAUGGAAAACUUCACUGUAAUGGAUGUGCAUUUUUCCCUUUUAUUUUGCUUUUUAAACAAUAAAAUUUAAGAAAGUAUAUUCUAUGUGGAAUAGAUCCUGUUUUUCUACUGUCUCAGAUUAUGAGCUAAGUGACAAAUUUGCUUUACCAGAUAUUUUGACUACAAACUACAUUUUUCAGCUUUCAUCUGAAUGUUUGUCAAGUUCUUAGCAGCAAAUAUUGAACUUACCCCAUUCUAAGCAGUGAAUCCUUUGUAGAAGUAAUCCUUUUAAUGUUUAACUUACCAGUGGGAUGGGGGAAGGACUUACAAUUGAGCAUGUGUAUCUGUUGAAUGAUUGGAACAGGGGAACAAUCGCAGACCACCCUUUAAAGCAGCUGCUCUCACCCUGGGGCCAGUGGCUCCUUUGAGAAGUUUAUAGAGAGACUUUGGGGAAGUCUCAGUACCUCUUGAAAUUGUGUCCCAUUUUAUGUGCGUGUAGGGAUGUUGGAGGGGAAAGGGAGCAGGAAGAGGCAAGUUCAUCACUUUCAUUGGCAUAGGGCUUCUCUAAGUGGUUCCUGCAGUAAAGGGCUAUCAUUUCAUUAGAAAACAUGGCAUUUUUAAAACAUUGUUAUUUUACAUUGAACAUCACUGGUUUCUUAUCAAUAAAGGCAAAACUUUGUAACACAACGGUGUUUUUAUUCAUUAUUUCAGCAGAUACUAUAUAGUGGGUGCCUACUCUGUAUCAGGCUCUCUUUCAGGCUCU